GUCGAUUUCAAGUCCAAAUAUUGUUGAAUGUAUGGUCUACGAUACAAUAAAUAUGGCGUACCGUGGUGUGAAAGGUUCUGAUCCAUUCGUUUCAAAAACAUCGCGAAAUGAACGUUUUGCGCAAAUGUCGAAGCAAGAGCAAAUCAUUCAACAAAAAAAGCUUGAGAUACAGGCAAAAAUGCAAGAACAAAAAGCGAAAGAAGCUGUGGAAAACAUGAAGAAGACAAACACGCUAGCUACGAAUUUGAUAGAAAACAGAACAAAUUCUCCUAAAAAAGACGAAGACAAAUCAACUGCAUCUCAAACAAUUAACUUAUUUGCCAACGAUGGUAGCUUCUUGGAUCAGUUUAAGAAAAUUGCAAAUAAAGGAACAGGAAACUCGGAGUUAAUGUUUUCUUUGAAAAUAGAGAAAAGGGAAGAAAACGUACAAGAGAAGGAACAAAAGAAAAAUAAUGAUAGAAACAAGGACUGGGAAAAUAGAAAAGAUCGUGGAAAAGAGGAUUGGGAAAAGGCACCUGAUAAAAGACAUAGCACUUCUUCUAGUCCAUCUUCUAUUAAACAUCCAGCAUCUCAAAGUAUCCCAGAAACUAGACGUUCAUUUAAUCAAGUAACAUCUAACGGACACCGUAUGCAGCACACUCAUCAACAGUUUCUUCAUCAAAAUGGAAAUCUGACUGCUAUUCCUUCUCACAUAUCUCAACCUAUAACACAUCUUACUGGUGUAUCAUCACCUAACAUGAGAAGUAUUGUAACCAACAUAUCCCCACCAAAUUUAUCAAAAAUGCCUCCUUCAAAAAGUAUGUGCAACACUUUUCCUAGAGUGGAUGAUCAUUCAGGAGAUCUAAAAAUGCAAAUAUCAUCAUCCCAUACAAUUUAUCCACCUCCACCUCCACUUGUAUCUGUGCAACCUGUUCUCCCAAAUACCAACAUACCUCCACCAAAUAUCCAUAUUUCUCAGACACUAUCGCCUAAUUUACAAAGCUUGCCACCACCACCACCACCACCAUCACCUUCAUCAAUUCCAUUAGGAUCUUUGUCAUCUACAACAUCAUUAACGUCGUCAACACCAUCAACAUCGCCAACCUCCUCGUUGCUACUGUCAUCACCACCACCACCACCGCCGCCACCAUUGCUAUCAUUGUCUCCUUCCUGUUCUACUUCUACUAUUUCUUGCUGUCACAAUUCUUCCUCUUCCUCCUCUACCUUUGCUUCUUCUUCAUCUAUAUUAACAUCAACAUUUCAACUACCUUCAUUAUUGACGUCCUCUUCCUCAACAUCAACAUCGACAUCGACAUCGACAUCGACAUCGACAUCGACAUCGACAUCAACAUCAACAUCGACAUCGACAUCGACAUCGACAUCGACAUCGACAUCAACAUCGACAUCGACAUCGACAUCGACAUCCUCUUCCUCGCCAUCGACAUCGACAUCGAUAUCAACAUCAACAUCAUCAACAUCGUCAUCUUCGUUAUCGAUAUCGUCUUCGACAUCGACAUCGACAUCGACAUCGAUGUUAACAUCGUUAUCAUCAUCAACGCCGUCGUUGUCAGCAUCCUCUUCAUCAUCGUCAUCAUCAUCGCCGUCACCAUCGUCGUCGUCGUCGUCGUUAUCGUCAUCAUCAACUUCAACUUCUGUGUCACUUUCUUCGUUAUCGUCCACUUUAUUGGUGUCAUCAGAAUCAAACACACGACAACAUGUACUUUCAACUGGAAGGCAAUGUGGUGUACCACCUCCUACACCAUUACAAUCCUUAAACUUACCACCUCCAAACAUUCCCCCACCUAAUAUGUUACCAACAAUGACACAAAUGCCACCAACUAUAAUAUCAAUUCCGGCCUCACAGACAGUUGUAGUCAGUGUACCAAAUGCGUCAAAUGUGCCAAAUGUUCCAAAUAUUCCAAAUAUUCCAAAUAUUCCAAAUAUUCCACCACCAAAUGUAAUGAUGAUGUCCGCUCCACCACCAAUUCACAAUGUGGCCUCAAAUAUGAAUUCAAUUCCACCACCCAAUUUGAAUAUUCCACCUCCGAAUGUACCACCUCCAUCCUUAAUGCAAAAUGCCGGGCCACCGCUUUCUUUAAUGUCGACCAGUUAUCCUCUUCCUAAUCAAGUCGCUCAGGUACCUAUUGGACCACCUAACAUACAAGUGCCACCACCAGUGAGGUCAUUGACUGGUCUACGAUCCUCUGAGCAGCUAGUGUGUCCCGUAGAGGCUGAGCAGCUGGCACGCAUCGUCGCUGACUGUGGGGAUGAAAUCGAACAAGAAGCGCGAGAGAAGAAUGCCCAAGAUCCUAAAUUAUGGUUUCUGCACCAAAAGCAAAGUGCAGCCUAUCUGCAGUACAGGGGAUUGGUGGCGAAAUUUCGUGCUGAAAAGUCAGUUAAGGAAGAUAAAAAUAAUGGUGCGGAACUUUAUUGUCCGGAAGAAGCUCUCAGUGAUAAUGAUGAUAGUGAUCAAGGUCCUAUUUCUAAUAAACAUGUUUCAUCACAAGAAAAGAAACGAGAGAGAGAGAGCGACAACAACACUACAGAUCAAUCAAAGGACAACAAAUCAGAUGACAACAAAGAAGAACGUAAACGAAAAAGACGAAGCCGAUGGGGUGAUCCGGAUAGUAAAGUGCCUGUAGCAGAAAUGAAUAUAUUAACCAGCCAUAAUAAACAACAAACUAGUAGUGGCUUCUCACAGCCAGGUAUCGCGAUUCCUGGACAAAUUGGACAACCGGCUGUUAUGAUUCCAUCAUCGAAAGUGCAACGUGCAGAAGCAAAGAAUCCUAUGUUGACCAAAAUUUCAAGAAACGACCCAGCCUUGAUACAAUAUGCUCGACAAACUUUCGGUACGUUGGAUCUUAGUGAAGAGCAAUGGAAAAAAGCCGAGGAUCAUUACAAGAUAAAUCUUCUUUAUCAAAAUUUAUUAAGAAAAAGAGAAGAAGUGAGACGCUUAGAAGCACAGGGCAAGCACAAAUACGAAUACGAUAGCGAUGAAGAAACCGAAGGUGGUACUUGGGAACAUAAACUCAGAUCUGCUGAAAUGGAGGCUACUCAAAUGUGGGCAGAAGAAUUGACAGCCCAAGCAGAAGGAAAACACCAUAUCGGUGAUUUUUUACCACCGGAUGAACUUAAAAAAUUCAUGGAACAAUAUAACGCGGUUAAACAAGGAAAAGAACCCGAUCUUAGCGAUUACAAGGAGUACAAACUGAAAGAAGAUAACAUAGGAUUUCAGAUGCUACAAAAACUUGGUUGGAGCGAAGGACAAGGAUUAGGUAGCGAAGGCAGUGGUCGUAUCGAACCUAUUAAUAAAGCAACCAAUAGAUUUGAUAGUGCUGGUUUAGGUUCAGAACGACCAGAUGGUGUAUCCAGAGAUGACGACGAAUUCGAUGCCUAUAGAAAGAGGAUGAUGCUUGCCUAUAGAUUUAGACCUAAUCCUUUGAACAAUCCUCGAAGACCUUAUUAUUGAGAAAAAGUGAUAUUGAUACGUUAUAUUCGUGGCAUUAUAUAUUGAUAUUUCCAUUUAGUUGGAAAAAAAGUUGUCGUUAUUUUGUAUAUUUGAAAUAUUGUAAAUGUAUAAGAUUAUAAUUAUAGUAAUUGUAUGCUAGAACAAUAUACGAUGAUAUAAUAAAUAAAAUCCCAAACUUAAAA